UUCCACAUUAACUUCUCUAUAUAUCUACUCUCUCCAUAAUAAUCUUCUUCUAAACACACGCAAUCACAUAACUAGUACUGAGAUCAAUAUCGUUAUCAAUGAAUCUACCACCAGGGUUCAGGUUUUUUCCAACAGACGAAGAGCUCGUCGUCCACUUUCUCAACCGCAAAGCUUCACUCUUGCCUUGUCAUCCUGACGUCAUCCCCGACCUUGAUCUUUACCCUCACGACCCUUGGGACCUUCCCGGGAAAGCAUUGCAAGAAGGGAGGCAAUGGUACUUCUAUAGUAGAAAGACACAAGAAAGACUGACAAGCAAUGGGUAUUGGGGAUCAAUGGGAAUAGACGAGCCAAUCUUCACAAGCUCCACACACAAGAAAGUUGGCAUCAAAAAGUAUCUAACGUUCUAUCUCGGAGAUUCUCAGACUAACUGGGUCAUGCAAGAAUAUUCCCUCCCAGAUUCCUCUAGUCGAUCUUCUAAGAGAUCAAACCGUGGUUCUACUAGUUCUACACAUAAACCCGACUAUAGCAAGUGGGUGAUAUGCAGAGUGUAUGAACAAAACUGCAGCGAGGAAGAGGAUGAUGAUGGGGCAGAACUCUCAUGUUUGGAUGAAGUGUUCUUAUCUUUAGAUGAUCUCGACGAAGUAAGCUUACCGUAAUAAAGAUAAAAGCACCCAAAAAGAAAAGGUUUAGUGGGAAAUUAUUUCUAUAAUCUCUGUAGCGUAAAAGGAAAAGGAGAAUGACAUCAUUCUUACAAGUUAUAUGUUGUAAGAUUAACCAUCUCCAAUUUGCAAGAAAACAGAAGCAAAAAAAGGAAGAAUCUCUAGUCAUGUUGUAUUUUUUUUACAUUCCCUUCAAAUAUAUCCUUUUAAUACUGAUUAA